UUUUUUUUUUUUUUACUACUACAGAGAUGGCUGCGAAAGUGUGCAGAUCGGUGCUCCUGUUGUCCCGGAGCAGCGGAACGGCGGCCGGCAGCCUCCCCCUAGUUGUCUCUUCUUCACAACGGCACCAACAACACAUAAGACCGGAGGUGCUGCCUGCUACUUUCACCCGUCAGACUGUCAGGAGAGCUCAUGGCCUACGGUCAGCAACCCACUCCACGCUCUUCACCCAGACCACCACUGCCCUGUCUUCACAGGUUUGGAAGAGCGCCCCCUCAUGGCCUGGGCAGAGACUGUUUUGUUCCUCCGCUGCUCCACAGGAGGUGACGGUGGUGUAUCAGAAUGGUCUGCCUGUGAUCUCGGUCAGUUUGCCGUCCAGGCGGGAGCGCUGCCAGUUCACCCUGAAGCCUCUGAGUGACUGCGUGGGCGUUUUCCUGCAGCAGCUGCAGGCGGAGGACAGAGGCAUCGACCGUGUGGCCAUUUACUCCAUGGAGGGAGCAAGGAUCGCCUCCUCCACUGGCAUAGACAUCCUGCUGAUGGACGACUUUAAGCUCGUCAUCAAUGACAGCGUUCAUAUUGUGCAACCACCACGGAGAGAGAUCCUGCCCCAUGAGGAGGCCGAGAGGCUAAAUGACGUCAAGUUUCUGGUGCAGCAGCUCUACACCACACUGCGCAUCGAGGAGCACCAGCUCAGCAAAGAGCGGGAGCUGAUUGGACGACUGGAGGACCUCAACUCUCAGCUGCGCCCCCUAGAGAAGGUGAGAGAGGAACUGAGCAAGAAGGCGGCGCGCCGCACCACCUGGGUGCUGUGGGGCGGCAUGGCGUACAUGGCGACGCAGUUUGGCAUCCUGGCCAGGCUGACCUGGUGGGAAUACUCCUGGGAUAUCAUGGAGCCCGUCACCUACUUCAUCACUUAUGGCACUGCGAUGGCAAUGUAUGCCUACUUUGUGCUUACACGCCAGGAGUAUGUUUAUCCUGACGCUAGAGAUAGACAGUAUCUGCUGUUCUUCCACAAGGGGGUGAAGAGGACACGCUUCGACAUCGAGAAGUACAACAAGCUGAAGGAUGACAUCGCUGAGGUGGAGCUGGACCUGAAGCGCCUCAGGGAUCCGCUCCAGCUCCAGCUCCCGAUUCAGCAGCUGCCCAGCGACAAAAAUUGAUGGCAAGCGUGACUCCCCUCCUCUCUGAUCUCCUGGAAUCGACCCUCUUUCUUCCUCUUCCCCCCCUCUGGUGUGUGAUAAGCCCCUCUCUACCCCCUCCUAUCCUCCUUUCCUUCUUUACCUGUCCCUUUGUUUGUUGUGGAAGGUUUUUUUUUUUUCUUUCCUGGCUAAAAUCUAUAGUUGGAAUUCGAGAAUGCCUCAAACUGAAGACUUCUCACAGCUGACGGAUGAAGAGGAAGACGAAGAUGGUGAAGAUUAUCAAAGCAAAUUGGAUUAGCCUCAAACUCUGGAGGGGCAACCUGCCGGUAAACCACAGGGAUGAAUGUGAAUUCACUUGCUUGUAAGCACUCUGAGAUAGGGAACAUGGCAAGGAGAAGCCUUUGUUGAGUCAGUGUGUGUUGAAGAAGGAUCACCAAACGCGACGGUAAACACACGCGCACGUGCGUUUUUCCUCCCGGCCUGUGCAGGCUCCAGAGACAAGUUUACAGGAAGUUCUGACUGCAGUCGCACCAUCAUGGAGACUCUAGUUUCCCUGCGUCCGAACUCUGCCGCCUCCCCUCCCUCUCCUUUGAGCCGCGCCUCCUCCAGGUGACGGGCAGCUUCCCUUCGUCAGGAGCAUCUGUAUCUCUGCAGGAAGCAGGAACGCCUUGUUUUCUCUUCCUGUUGAUGUCCUGUAAGCGGCUUGGCAUCCGCAAGUCAGAGAGUCCUACCGACAACAACAUCACUGUGUGUUCUUUUAUUCCAAAAGAAAAAAAAAAAAAAGUUAAUAUUUUGGCACUUUUUAUUUUAAAAGCCAUAGUAUAUUUGUUAUGACAAAAAUAUGGGUAUAUAUGUAUACAAUCAAACAAAUGACCAGAGGCUAGUCUUUUUUCCCCCCUUUGCUUUCCAGUGGGUGGAGGAGCUCUCUGACAAACAUGAAAAAAAAAGAAGUCAUUGGUACCCCUUAAAAAGACUCCACUAACAACAGCAUUACACUGUAUUCAAGAAAUACCUUGUACUAAUAGCUUUGUACAUUUUCAUGACAAGUGCACAAUAUAUAUGUGGCGUUCAUUUUCAAGAGAAGAGCUCCUGUGCAUGGUCUCUGAGAGGGAGGAAGCAACUCUGAAGCCAGAUCAGGGUGAAUAAUGGCUUUAAUUACAAAAUAAAUGUAUUUCUCAGCAAUGUGAAUAAUGCUGUGCUUUACCUCUUUAACCAACCAUUGCUGCAGAGUGUUGUGCAAUAUCUCCAAUGAAGUUAAAAAAAUAAAUAAAUAAAAACUUGCCCUUAUGUUGGAGUAUAACCUAAUUCGAUUCAUGCAAAAAAAAAUAAAAAAUUCAUUCUGAGAUGAUACGGAAUAAAGUCAGAGUUUUCUCCUCCCACUGCUGCUGUAAUGGCCUCCCCCCCCUGCUCUCAGUGACAAGGCAGGGUAGACUGCAUGCUGUGGUAUGGCCUCAGUAGAAACUUGUGAACGUGUAGGAGCAUAAUAGCAAUUUUGUACUUAAUUGGGCACCUUCUUUUCGUGCAUCCUUUUGACGUCCAUCAGCAUCUCCAGGAAGUUUUGCAACACAUUGUUAAUUCAAAUCAUAUCUUGAUUUUUCUUUAGGCGUGGGCCGGUAUGAGAUUCUCGCUGCAGAAAAACAUCAGACAAAUGCUGUGACUUUACUGUGUUGGGCUGAACUUUAAACCAAAAAAAAAAAACAUAUUGAAUGACCUAAUCUUGUUGAUUUCUGAAAAUACUGCACAUUUUUGCUACUCUGUUCUGUUUAUCAUGUUAACAGGGAUGCACCAAUCAUGCUUUUCCUGACAGAUGUUGAUUUUUAUUUAUUAUAUUUGACUUAACACUGACUUUAAUCGAAAAGGUUAGUUUUUGAUUCAACAAGAAAAAUAAGGAGUUACAAGAUUAUCACCAUCUAAGCAUAUGUGACUAUCCUUUUAUCAAAUAUUUUAUUAACUCAAAAAGAAAUUCCUCCUCGCUGACACACACAAAUUUAUUACUGCUUUAGGUUUCAUAACUAUUUCCAGAAAGCCAAAUUUGUCUUUUGUUUCAGCCAGCUGAGUGGGGGUGUGCAGCAUUGGGUUAGUAUACGCUCCAUAACAACUGGAAAAGCAAAAUAUUACUCAAAAAAAAAAAAAAAGAACAAUAUGACAAUUUUAUCACCAUUGAAAUGGUAACUUUUAAAACUCUUGGUACCAGUAGCCGGCCCAUGCCUAAAGCUUUUUUGCGAAUGUUUACUCCAUUAACUCCUUUCAGAGCGGCAGAGUUUCUGUUCAGGGUCCGGUUGUCGGCCCCAGCAGGGCGGCUCGGCAUUUUGUUCCCUUCGCCAUUUUAUCCCUUCAUACUUUCAGUCGUUUGGUACCAUCCGCCAUUGGACGGGGCCCUUUUGGACGUUUCUUACCUGCUCAUGUUCUACUGGUUGUCUGACUCCAAUAACUGAUAUCUACCAGCAGAUGGCUGAUCAGCGUUAUCUUGCUUUGAUUGGGAGUCAAACUCUGAUCUUUUCCAUAUGAGUCAAAUGGUUCAAAAUGGGAUCAGAACCUAAACGAGGGAAAAUAUGGUGUAAUUAGAAGUUUUCACAAAAUAUAUAACAUUAUCUGUGAGAUUUGACUGUUAUAUGCGCGUUUAUCUCUAUAAUUUAUGUAAAUACUUUGUGAAGUGAUAAAAAAAAUUUUUUUUUUUUGGCAUGAAGAAAUGGCUUGAGUAACUCUUCAUAGGAAUAUUGGAUGCGAAUUGACAAAAGUACAAAGUGAGCCCACUAGUGGUCCAACCCCCCCCCCCCCUCCUUUUUUUUUUAAUCAUGUCAUUUUGCUCCAAAGACGAAGCCAGUUGUUUCUGACUUUGAGCUGCUGUCACUCGGCCUGUGCAGUGGGGAGGCGCCGUCCCUCAACAUCCUCCUGCAUGGAGUUCAGGACCAUCCUGAGCUCGAGUCCUGCUGGGGAGCGGAUCUUUCAUAUUAAAUUGCAUGCUUUGGGCUCCAAAUUAGCCUUGCAAAUUUAAAGACAGAAUAGGGCCUUAUCUGGUGCAUUGUGUGUGUUGUUUGUGUGUGUUAUUGCUUAGAGAAAUUGUGCCUUUUGGAUAAUAAAUGACGUAAUCUGUAUUGAGAUCUUAGAGUUAAACGUACAGCAGUGGCAGGCUGAAUCAGACAAAGAAAGGCAGAAACGGGUUUGUUUGGGAAGUGGAAAUACAUUUUAAAAUGUUUAAAUGGUGCAAAAAUGUAAGGUUUCUGCAUCUGUGAUUCUUUUGUUGCUUGUCAGUACAAGUAAGAGUUGAUGUUUUCUGAAUAUAUAUCUGUUUUCACACACAAUACACUCAGAUCCUGAAAUAGCGGGCUGUUUGUGGUUUGGUUCCUCCCCUCUGCUGUUUCUCUGUCCGUAAUCACUUUCUCUGUUUUUGUAUUUUUUUUUUGUUCAAAUUGUACCAUCCACCGUUUACUGCCUUUUGUUUGUCUUUAUUUUUUUCUAAACAAACUAUAUCAAAUAUAGGGAAACUUAUGCUAAAGAGGGUGUUGCAUGAAUGUAUGUUUACAUGGAAACUUAUCUAAAAAAUAAAAAAAAAGAUGAUUUAUUCAAAUACGUGCAAAAAUAAUUUAAAGAACGUCGUUUGUAGAGAUUCCUAGUUGUAAAAAGGGACAGCAGGCGGUGCUGCGUCUUUAAAGUCCAGCCUGCCAGACGUCAUCCAAGUCCCAGCCAACCAACUGCUUAAAUCCAGUCCAUUUUUAUCUUGUGUAUUCCCAGUAUCCUGGUCCUGACUGUGUGUCCUCGUUCUCCAAUAAGUAAAAAAUCCCAACAACGAAGGCCUGAGAGCCUCUGUGCUAAAGGAGAGACGACAGGUACAUGCUUUAAAAUCAUUUGGGAACACCUCCAUCUUUUCUUUUCACCCAUCCUCACCUUUGUUUUCUCCAAAGUAUCAUUAUAUCUACAUUUUUUUGAUGUGCGUUAAGCUUCAGAUUUUUGUGAUUGAUUUUUAUUUGGACAUGUUAAAGAUUGAAGCAGAACAUAGGAUUGAAUGGAUCAUGCAUUUCAUUCGGACCUAUUCUACUCUGUUGUUUUUCUUUGCUUCAGUUGACAUGAUGCUGUAAUGUUGGCAAAACAAAAAAUAAAGAAUGAAAGACAAUGUAAAAUCCUGUAUCAUUUAUGAAAUAUGUAUAAAAGAGAAAUGUAAUUCAAUUAUCAAUAAAAUCCUUAUCCAGGUUUUGGA